GUAUCUUUUUCCAAGACCUUUUAACCUCAUCUCUCUCUCUCUCUCUAUCUAUCUCACCUUCUUCUCCCCCUUCUCUCUCUAUCAACAAUUCCCUUUCCCUUUUCAAGUGAGAGAGUUGCAGAGAUGAUUUCUAGUCUGACAAAGGGCUUUACCCCAAUUGAAGAGACUUAUAAAUCGACUGAUUCAUAGAUGUAUCAUAUACAACUCUACAUAUAUAGCCAUAUUGACAUGUGGAUGAUGAUCUUGGAGCACGUGCACACUCGGAUUUCUAUCAUAUAAGGAAUUAUCCAAGCCGAAUUCCAUUCCAGUCACCGUGAAUUCUCCCAACUUACUACAGUCGCCUCAGUUGCCAAAUGGGUUGAUCCUCGUCUGGAGCAGUGACAGGAGAAGUUGCGGUUUGUUUGAGUAAGUAUUUUCAAAGGACAGAUGGCGACGUACUUUCAUGGGAAUUCAGAAAUCCAAGGCGAUGGUUUACAAACGCUUAUUCUCAUGAAUCCGAACUAUGGUGGAUACUCUGACACACAGCAGCAACAGCCGCCGCCACCGCCGGGAAACUUCGUUUUCUUGAAUUCUGCUGCUUCUGCCGGGAACUCUUUAAACCCGCAAAAUCUGUCUCACGCGCUGCCUACUCAGACCCAGCAGUUCGUCGGCAUCCCGAUUCAAGCGGCCACUUCCGGCGCCGGAGCAGGGUCGCCCCAUGAUCAGCACCACCCGGACAUCUCGGCCCUCCACGGCUUCGUUCCCCGGCUUCAGUACAAUAUCUAUGGUUCAAUUGACCCCACGGCGGCGCGUGAGGUGACACGCUCUCAGCAGGGGCUGUCUCUGAGCCUAUCCUCGCAGCAAACCGGUCAUGGGGCGGCGGGGCAGGGGAUAUCCCCUGCCGGAGGCGGCGAUGACAUGAGGGUUACAGCCCGGUCGCCGUCCGGGGCGUCGGGGAUUUCGAAUGGCGUUAAUGGCGUGCAGAGUGUGUUGCUGAGUUCCAAGUACUUGAAGGCGGCGCAAGAGCUUCUCGAUGAAGUGGUUAACGUCGGCAAGGGAGUCAGAAAUGAAUCGGCUAGGGGGACGAAUGGGCAGAACAAGACCGCCGGAGAGUCAUCGACUGCGGCGGCCGGAGAAGGGCUGUGUGGUGGAGAGACAAGUGCCAAGCGCGGCGGUGAGCUGACCACGGCCGAGAGACAGGAGAUUCAGACGAAGAAGGCUAAACUUGUCAACAUGCUUGAUGAGGUGGAUCAAAGGUACCGGCAAUAUCACCACCAAAUGCAGAUUGUGAUCUCUUGGUUUGAACAAGCCGCCGGAAUUGGCUCUGCAAGAACAUACACAGCUCUGGCGCUUCAAACAAUCUCAAAGCAAUUCCGGUGCCUGAAGGACGCAAUCACCGGCCAAAUUCGAGCAGCCAGCAAGAGCUUGGGCGAAGAAGAUUGCUUCGGAGGGGGCAAGACUGAGAGUGGUUCGAGGCUCAAAUUCGUCGAUCAUCAGCUCCGCCAACAGAGGGCACUACAGCAGCUGGGAAUGAUCCAGCCCAAUGCCUGGAGACCCCAGCGAGGCUUGCCCGAGCGCUCUGUCUCUGUUCUUCGCGCUUGGCUCUUCGAACACUUCCUCCACCCGUAUCCCAAGGAUUCGGACAAAAUCAUGCUCGCCAAACAAACAGGGCUUACUAGGAGUCAGGUCUCUAAUUGGUUCAUAAACGCUCGUGUUCGGCUGUGGAAGCCAAUGGUGGAAGAAAUGUACCAGGAGGAAGUCAAGGAGCAAGAACAGAAUGGAUCAGAGGAGAAAACAAGCAGAACCGAAAACAAUGAAGAUUCAGUAUCCAAGUCUGCCCAUCAAGAGGUGAAUCCUCUGGCAGAGAAGCAGAAUAUGAGUUUCAAAUCCAAGCCAGACAAUCCCACAAAUCAGAACACUCCUCCAGCAGGUUCAAUUUCCACAGCUUCUACUUCUCCCACUGGUCUAAACAUUCGAAACCACUCUGGUUUCACCAUUAUCGGGUCACCGGAGAUGGAAGGCUUCACCCGGGCAAGCCCCAAGAAACAGAGGAGCGCUGAGAUUUUGGCAUCCCCAACUAGUGUUCCAUCAAGGCACAUGAACUUGAUGCCUGGACAGCCGAACAACGACCAGAUGUCGGUGAAGUUUGAAGAUGAGAGGCAGACCAGAGACAGCUUCACCUUGAUGGGAGGCCCGGCUAAUUUCAUUGGAGGAUUUGGGGCAUAUCCCAUUGGCGAAAUUGGCAGGUUUGGUUCAGAUCAGUUCCCGGGAACGUAUUCCGGCAAUGGCGUCUCGCUCACACUUGGCCUCCCACACUGCGAAAACCUCUCCAUGUCUGGCGCCCAUCAAGCUUUUCUGCCAAACCGAAGCAUUCAGCUAGGGAGAAGAGUUGAUAUCAGCCAGCCGGAUGAGUUUGGCAGCAUAAACACUCCUGCAUCUUCUCACUCAACAGCUGUGUAUGAGAACAUCAACAUCCAGAACCCCAAGCGGUUUGCAGCGCAGUUGCUGCCGGACUUUGUCGCCUGAUGAGACGACGAAAUGAGAGACGAAAAGGAGAAGGUAAAACUGAGAACUCAAAAGCCCCUUUCACUGUAUCUUCACAUUCCCUCUAUGAGCAGGGCAAGCAAAAACUGGAUGAUCGAUGUUUUAGAGAGGGAAGGAAAUUUACUUAGUAUAGAUAGGUAUAUACAAUUGCAGAGAACCAUUUGAGUUCUUAUAGACAACUUAGGAGUUCACAGAAUAUGGUUUGAGGAUUGUAUAUUAGUUUUGUUUCAUCUGCAGAUGAUUGUUGUAUUAAAUAUGAAAGAUUGAGUUAUUUGGGGGGGGUAUAGAAAUGAAUAUUGGUUCUAACAUAA